AUGUACUGGACCCUCCACUUCAUAGCUCGUGGGAGGCGCCGCAACGGCAAGGGCAAGGGAGCCAAGGGUAGCGGAGGUGGCACUGGGGGGGGAGGGGGGGUGGUGGUGGAGGAGGUGGAGGAGGAGGACGUGGCGGAGGGGCUGGUGGCGGGAGUGCUGGUGGGAGUGGUAGCGUCGGUAGCGGUGGUGGAGGCGGUGGCGGCGGUGGGGGUGGCGGUGGCGGUGGCGGCCGGGGCGGUGGUGGCGUCUGCGGUGGCGGGUCUGACAUCCCAGCAGCUGGUGGAGGUGGCGGCGGUGGCGGUCGGGGUGGAGGCACUGGCGCUGGCCAGAGACAGCAGCAGCAGCAGCGUCCCCAGACAUCCCAGCAGCUUCUACCGCUGCUUCUCCCGCCUUGACGACGCCUGGCGUGAGGAGAUGGGCGAGGAGUAUGAGCGCCCUCGCUUGCAUGAUCUGCUUAAGGCUGGUGUAGACAUUUUUUCUCUUAACUUUGAUGCUAUUAUUUCUGCUAUGUACGCAUUCGAAGUUAGUGCUGACGGUGACUGUUUCUUGUGUAUGCCGCCUGACCCAGGUAUAGAGGCUGCUGCCUUAGGUGCGAGCGAGUCUGCUCUCUCAGGUACUGCGCCUGCUGAGGCCUUGCACACCUUCACACCAGAAUUAGGUAUAGAGGCUGCUGCCUUAGGUGCGAGCGAGUCUGCUCUCUCAGGUACUGCGCCUGCUGAGGCCUUGCCCACCUUCACGCUUGACUCAGGUGCUUCUCGCUGUUUCUUCCGUGACCGCACGCACAACACUCCCUGCAUCUGUUGCCGUCUCUCCGGCUGA